AUGGGGUUCCUUAACCACGAAACAAACCCAAUAUCUUCUUUAACAGCCGCCUUCACUGCUUGGAAGGGUCUUCUCCUGGCCAUCGCUCUCGGUGCGUCUGUAGGUCCAGACUACGAUACUUCAACAUCUCUCUUCUUCAACGUCGUCUAUGGCCCAACAACACCUGUUCCUGCUCUUGCUACUCGCCUAACGAGAUGGGACGCGCUGUAUUUUAUGCAUGAUGCCGUGAAUGGCAAAGUGUACGAGCAGGAGUGGGCGUUUGGCAUUGGACUGCCAGCUGUUGUACGUGGCAUUAAUUGGUUACUUGGACUUGAGGGCUGGGAUGCCAUUAUUGCGAUUGCCAUCUCACACGUUUCUCAUCUCAUUGCUGUUCUGGCGCUGUACCAGCUCACUAUUGUGCUAUGCAAUGAUCGGAAACUUGCAUAUUUGGCUGCUGCCGUGCAUAUUCUUUCACCUGGCGGCCUCUUCCUUUCAGCACCGUAUGCAGAGAGCACAUUUGCAUGCCUGUCCUUUGUGGCCAACCUUGUUUUUGCUUUGGGUCUGAAAGCCGGCCCUGACUCACUGAAGCGCAACAUUUUCGUCAUUGGAGCAGGGUUGCUAUAUGGGGUUUCCUGUGUGUUUCGAAGCAAUGGACUCUUUGGCGGUGUUCUCUUCGCGGUGGAGGCCAUCAAAGACCUCACAGCACUUCUUGGUGGCUUCACUUUCUCCAAAAUUCUGAGGCUAGUUGCACCUGUUAUUGGCGGGCUCUUGGUUGCAGUUGGUUUUCUUGCGCCUCAGGUUCUGGCCUGGAUGAGGUAUUGCAAUGUCCAAGAUAAUGAAGAACAACGUCCUUGGUGUACACGCCCUCUCCCAAGCAUUUACACCUUCGUCCAAGAAGAAUACUGGAACGUUGGCUUCCUUAGAUACUGGACACCCAACCAGAUCCCUCUCUUCCUCCUUGCAGCUCCCAUGCUCACGAUCCUCAUCAAGUCAGGAACAGAGGUUAUGCGAGAACCUUCGCGAGGCCUUCGGGCCAUGAUUUCUGGCACAGAUGAACAGUGCAGGCUGCUUGUGAGAACUCUAGCUGCUGUGCAAACUCUCCUGGCCAUCUUGGCCAUCACAAACUAUCAUGUUCAAAUCAUAAGUCGUAUCUCAUCCGCGUACCCCAUGUGGUACUGGUGGGUCGCUUCAUGUCUCAUGGAUAGGCAAAGGCAGAGUUUGGGUUAUGGUAUAGUUGUGUUUAUCAGCAUGUACGCCAUGAUCCAAGGCGGUCUCUUUGCAUCCUUUUUGCCACCUGCGUGA